GCCCAUUCAAAGACUAAAGCAACAAUGGCUGGCUUCUCUAAAACCUUCCUCCUGUUCUCCAUCUUCAUCACGUCACACCUAUGUCAAGAAACAGAUUCCACGGACAGGCAGAAACUGAGGCAAGACUUGCUUAUUGCUGUGAUGUGCAUAUUCUUGGUGCUCUUAAUCAUGCUCAUCGCUGGAUGCACCUUCCUGCACUAUAAGCUAAUGACAAAAGACAUCACCACUAAUAACUAUCCUGUAAAUGCCCUGAAGACGGAUCUGAAGCCUUACGCCAUCCAGACCCGCUGUGUAGAAACCAAAAUUGUCCUGUCUCCUUCCCAGGACAACCACUUGUAUUCUCCAGAGUGGACACCAUCCCAGUUGCCGUCCCAUCAGCUACCAAACCAACGGCCACCCCAACGGCUUUCUCAGAAGCCACGCCGGCUCUCGUCCCCAAACCCAGAAGACCCAGAACCUGAAGAGUCCAAUGCAUUGCUACCAGAAGAGAAGUCCAGUAUGCUGUCUAUCAGCCGCAUCUACAGGAGCCAUUCCUCCGAAAGUGUUCAUUCCGACUCAUCCGGUAGUGUGUACUCGCAGGAGCAUUUUGAGCUGUUGUACCUUUCCUCCAGGAGCGAGUCUCUCCAAGAUGAGAAAGUACCUCAGGUCACCAAAGAGCAUGAGGAAAGUGCUGAAUCUGGGAGCUUCAUGCUCUGUGCCAUCCACAAGAAGUGAGGAACAAGAUAGAGUGAGAUGGACAGAACUUGCUUCUUACUUUGUUCCAUGGCUUUCAUCCAUAGCUGGUUGUUACCAUGUCAGUAGGGUGGAUGGUGGAUCACUCCAGGUUUGCCUGAAUGUUCAAAGAUCUACCCAAGGGGCUGAAGCCUAUCCCCCUCCCAAACAGGUUCAGUCCCCUGGGAUAAAUCCUUCAAAAUUAAGGCCAAAACUAGGAAUGGAUUCACUGCCCUACUGACAUGCGAGCCACCAUUGUCCAUAAAGCCACAUCUGCUCAAGCACCAAGUUCACUGAAGACGGUGUCAAAAUGUUCUCACAGCAAUGGCUUGAAGCUUUGUCUUUAGCAGGAGGUGAACUGAAAGCAAACCUCAUUUUGUCAAAUGUAUUUAUAUGUUAAAUUAACUAAUCAUAGCAAAAAAAAAGAAAUGGACUUUUGUACUCCUGCAAAGAACAUGGAACAGGGAAUAAUCAGUGUGACUUGGAAUCAGAAAUGGAUUUUCGAUGAGUUAAAUAAAUGACUUA